GUGAAUGAAACUAACCAACCAAUUACUAAAGUAACCUCAAAAAGGGCCACAUUUUAAAAAGACUAAAGAGUUUCUCGAGAAAAUGUUUUUCUAGUUUCAAAACUGUCUUAUCGGCCGGUUUUUUCAGAUUAAAACCAAAAUGAAGUCAAAAUCGUUCAAUUUGAAACAAAAGAAACCCGAGCAAAAACUAAAUAAAACAGACGAUUUUGCUCAUUAUUACAGAACGGCUGCUGAAACAAGUACAGUGUUAGAAAAUAGUAAAACUAAUGAAAGCUCGAAUGUAGAUAAUAAACAAACAUUAAAGAACAAAAGCAAUUCUAAACGUUCACCAAAUAAAAACAAACUGGAACCACUUGACAUAUCUCUGAUUGACAUCGAAGGACCCAUUUCAAACCCCAAUAUAUCGAAGAAAGAUAUAUUAAAUGAGUCCAAAGUUACUUCUACGCCACAAGGAUCUCGUAAUAAUCAAGGGGCCAAAGUUAAAUCCAUAAUGAAAAAUUCAUCUGGUCAGGGUGAGGACAUUACAGACGACACUCAGUAUGUCAGUUCUCCUAUAAAGCCUAAAAAACGGAACAAAUCGGUUAGCUUCAUGCUAGAGGACACUGAAGAUGUUGUAGUUAAGAAAACAAAGUCUAAUGACUCUAUUGAAAAGAAACCAAGCACCCCAAAGACAGAUGUACCCAAACAAAAGAUAAAGAAAUUAAAAAAGCUUAAACCUGAUUUAUCAGAAAAAGAAAACAAUGUUAAUGUUAAUAUGGAAAUAGGCAAUCAAGGCAAGCUUAAAAAAGGUAAAGAGGAAGAAAAUUCAAAUAUACAGUUAAAUGAUAUUGCUAGAGAUAUUAUUGGUGAUGAAAAAAAAGUAAACCUUAUUAAAAAGAGGAAACUUAAGAAAAUUAAAAAACAAAAUUCUGAUGAAACUUCAGAGACUGGAACAGAAAGUAACAACAAUGAAGAGAAUAUUGAAAAUAAAUGUAAGAAAUUGAAAAAGAAAAAAGCGAAACUGACACAAAAUCUAGGCACUGAAGGUGAUGGUGAACCAAAUACUAAAUCCAGUAAAAAUAAUGUUAAACCUGAAGGAAUAGUAGCAAAUUUAGAAAACCUUAGUAUUGGUGACAACGCACAUUCAAUAACCAAUAUGUUGGACGAGAUGACAGUUGCUGGGAAAGAUAAAAGGAAAAGGAAUAAACGUAAAAUUAAAAAGGAUAAAAAUCAUACGGCUAGCACUUCCAGUAGUGAAAAUGCUGACUUGGAGAAAAUUGAUGAGAAUGAAGAAAAAGUGAAAUGGAGGAAAAGGAAAUGGAAUAAGGAUAAAAAAGGGGAAGUUGAUGAAACUGCAACAUCAGUAAUUGUUGACAAUUUGCCCUUAUCUAUCAUGUGUGUUUAUAAAAAAAUUAUAUCUGACCACUUUGGAAAGCAUGGGAUUAUCAAGAAAAUUGGUAUAGCAGAAGUCUACUCAACAGAAGUGUCCAAACCAGUGUUUACCACCACUAUAAACUUCUAUUCUGAUGGAGCUGCUACCAAGGCAUUAGAAGAAGAUAACACAACCAUUGAAGGCAGUCGCAUCCGUGUCCGUCAGCAGCUACCACCCACUCAGACCACCCUGGUGGUGCGCAGCUACGCAGAGCUCACUGAACAAGCUCUCAGUACCACCUUUCUAUCUGCUGGUAGGAUCAGGAACAUCCGGCAACUCAUCAAAGGAAAGAAGGCCAUUGCUACAGCUUUCAUAGAAUUUGAUGGCCCAGAGGCAUUAGAAAAGGCAUUAAAACUGGGUCAAGACUCAAAGAUUGGGGGCAAGAAAAUCCAUGUGUCCAAAUUUGAGAUCCGUAAGAAGAAGAAAAAAAGGAAGACAAGCGUCGACAGCGAGAACGAAGGAGACAGUGAGAACUCUAAUGAAUAAUUAUAGUAUGUAUAAUUAACUAGAAAGAGUAUGGCUUGUGUGUGGAUGGGUUGAGUGAGUACAACCUGAUUUGUUUAACACCCGCAGCAUACAUCCUCAUACCUUAUUGUAUACCCAACAAGGUCCAUAAUGAUCUACAUAUUUAUACAAUUGUCACCUUUGUAUGUUAUGGUUUUGCAAUAAUAUUAAUACUUAAGCGACCACAUAUAGUCAAAAUUCAUAUUCGAAUCCAAUCCAUCCGUAUACACGGUUGCAUAUCAGACUUUCGGAAUAUGUUCAAAUGACUCCAAUUAAUAUUUAACUCUACCUAAAACAAAAUGUUGAGGUUUAAAGUCAAGUACAGAAAUUUUACAUACUUGAAUAACCUGACACGCUGUUGACUAUGUUUGUACACACAUAUGUUUUAUUUCAAUUCGGAAUAACAAAGUUCAGUUGAAUGAUGCUAGCUAUCAAGAUAUUUUGUCGUCUAAUAUGGACGACGAUUUUCUGAUGAACUGUUGCUAUAUCUUACUAAGAAUAUAGGUUCAUAGAUUUAUAUGUAUACAUUUGAUAUCUCGAAUCCUAAAGAAACUGAAUUCAGAGUAUAUGUGAUGGCUCUCGGUCUGUUACGGUCAUUAAUUAUGUUGAUCAUUAUUGUAUCAUAAUUUCAAAGUUGUAAAGAAGUUUAUUUUAACUAAUUGAAUUCAAA